AUGGCACCGUCCACGCGGGCAUCCUCUGCUCAGAAUACGCCGAACACGCGAAGCAAGGGAACCCCAUCCGCCGUCGAAACACCCACCGAUACACCCACCAAACGCGCAUAUACUUGUAGGCAAUGUAAACGACCCAAGAAGGGCGACCAUCCGCGUUCAGGAUGCCCAUAUGUCAACGAUACGGCCUCGGAAGAGGAAGAUAUCCCAACAUCCACCGAACCCUUGACAAACGCAUUGGGGUCGAUGAAACUUAAUUCGCCUAUGCCUCUUCGAACAGAGGAAGACGACCAGGCGUUUAAACGCAAUCGACGUCGGCUGUCCGCGCAGCCGCCAAUAGUACGCAGUGAGAGCCUUGUUUCGCUCUCGACGAACUCCAGCGACUUGGUAGAGCGUUUGGCCACCUUGAACGACCAUUCCGAUGAAGUUAACGGGAAGGUCACCAAGGUCGUCCGCUGGGAGGACACGAUUGUCGCCACUCCGAAGAAGCAGAAAUCUGCGCGGUCUCCGAUGCCAGGCACGCUCAUUCCGCCAACCCCAGAUAGCAGCUUCGGGUCCUCACUGGGCUCUUUCGCGAAGCAAGAAUCCCCCGGUGUCCAUCUCGCGGCCAUCUCAGCCACCGAAUAUUCCUCCGAAGGAAGCACCUCUUCAGUUGCACCACCAUCCCCCUCCCCGACACCGCGUGCUCAGCCCCUUACACGGACGAUGAGCGCCGUAGAGCGCGACUUGUUCGUCUCCAAACUCACCAGCGAGACCGCCGCCACGAUUUACACGAUCCCCAAGGCCGACAUCCGCUCCAUCCAGGAACAGGCCACCGCACUCAAGUUCAUUGCCUGCACUGUUAUGAAUAAUGAUCCUACCGACCCUCAGGCCCUGCUAAUUCUUGGACGCGAGGAGGAAGCGGUGCAAAAGCUGAGGCAGAGGAUCGAGGAGGAGAACAAGAAGGCUGGGAAGGGCAAGGCGUCAAGCCCGUCCAAGGUUGCUGCGUUGAGGGCUGCUGCAGGUGGUGCUGUUAUUGGUGCUGUUGGGACUUUUGCUGGUCUUGCUUUCUCUUGA